ACGCCACAAGCCAGCAAAACUACGACGACGACGAUGAUGACCCUGGGAGGGGGAUACGAUUGGUGCGGAAUGAAGCGGAGCUACAGGGGAAUGUGCAGCGGUGUGUAGGGGAGAGUCCGUCGGGCAUGGUAUUUGCGGAGCAGGCGGCGGUGGAGGGGUUCAAGCAUGUGGAAGUGCAGAUUGUGGGGGAUGGGCGGGGUGGGGUUAGGCAUUUGUGGGAGCGGGAUUGUAGUGUGCAGAGGAGGUAUCAGAAGAUUGUGGAGGUGGCGCCGGCGCGCCGAGUGUGA